UAUCUUCACACACAUGUCACAUUGUUGGAGACUGAAGAGUGAAGUGUGUUUAUUGCCCACGGUUCAUUACAUACAAUAUACAUUAUACAUGGUCGUAUGUAAAGUUAACUUAUUAUUUAUUAGUAUUCUGUAUUAGUAUUUUAUUAUAAUUAUAUAUAUUAAUUUCAACAUGUAGUAAACAAAUUAGUGUAACGUCUCAAUAAUGAACUUGUUCAAAAGACAUAUUUUUGGGAAAAUUUAUCAUGUAAUUUAUCCACGGCCAGCUAUAAAAUUGACAUGUAAACCGUUUUCAUCAGUUCUGCCUGACACUAGCGUUGUGGUGCCGCGUAAAUUGAAUGGACGAGCGGCUAGUGGCAAACAAAAACGUAUGAUUACAGAAUAUGUGAGUAGCCCGGGUAUGUGUGAUUGGGAUGCAGUGUGCAAGGCAGUAUUGUCUGUACCCAAAGGAUAUAUGAACAAAAACAAUAUCAAUGGAUGCAUUUUGGAAGCCUGCUCCCAAAUGAAACGUUUAGAUUUAGCUAGAACGUACAUGGAUUAUGUUCAUAAAGGCGAUAAAAAUAAAUUAAACACUUCAUUAGAGCUGUUGUUUUAUCGCACAUGUUAUGCGUGUAGAGAUCAGUUGAAUGAUGAAGAUCGUAAGGCUAUUAAAACUCGUUGCCAAAUGUUGUAUGAUAAAUAUAUAACAAUACUCAACGGCGUUCUUCUUGAAGGUAUUGUAAUGGGCCUUUGCUGUACUACUUCUUGGCGUGAUUCUUUGGAUUACAUGAAAUCGUUGAAAAAUUAUUAUGAUAUAACUGGUAACACUUACAGAGUACUUGUACAAAAAGCUUUUGAAGAAGGAGAAACAGAUUUAGGUUGGAAUUUAAUGCAUAUUUGUGUUAGUCGAACAAUCGAACCACCGAAAGAAGGAUUUCAAGCUUGGUUUGACUUAUGUAAACAAAAAGAAAAUUUAAAUUACCUAAGAAUAUUGGAAUUUUUGAGUGAAACGGAAUAUAUUGUGCGAGAAGAAUUGGCAGACUUAAUUGUAAAUAAUCUUCAAGUAUUAGGUUGUACUGUCAAUUCUACUAAAAUUAUUCAAAAAAUAGGAAAAUGUACACAUUGUCAGACGUUGUUAAAUCCCAUUAAAGUUACCGAAGAAGAGUUUAAAUUGCUAAAUGAAUGUUUUAUGUCAAAUGUAAUGGUUGGAAAUAAUAUUUUUAAUAAUUCUUCACCUAAAGAACUACAGGAUUUCAAAGAUUUCAUAAAAGUUUCAGCUCCAUAUGACGUAGUCGUUGAUGGAUUAAAUGUCGCCUAUGCCUAUCGUGGGAAAUUAGAUAACAAUUCCUUAGUUAAAAUUGUUAUGAAGAAACUAAUUGAGAACAAUUUAAAGGUAUUAUUAAUUGGCCGUAAACAUUUAGCUCGAAUGUUGGGACGUGAAUUUAAUUAUAUAGAGAAAAAUGCUCAUAUAUUUUUUACAAGUGAUCUAUCAAAAGAUGAUCCUUUUUUGUUGUAUGCAGCCAUGUAUAGUGGACUCGGAACAAAGGUUCUUACCAGGGACCUUAUGCGAGGACAUAAAUAUCUUUUAAGCAACCCUAAAAUUAAAAGUAUUUUUCAACGGUGGCUUCAACAACACAGGUUACAUUUAAGAAUACGUCCAGGGAGUGUUGGCAUUAUUGACCCUUUAUUUUAUCAACAAAUAACGCAACAAAAUGGAAACGGCAUAUGGCAUUUACCGUACCAACAACAAAAAAUGCCUGGAGAGUGGGCAAAACCAGAAUCAACUCCAGACCAAUGGUUAUGUAUAAAAACAAAUGUUAAAAAAUCAACAAUUACAAAAUAAAACAUGUAACAUAUUGGUUUUAGUUUAACCAAAACUAAUUUUCAAAAAAUAAAGAGUUUAGUCGCAAAACUAAAAAUAUUGAUUUA